CCGAUUAAUGAUAGCUCUCCGGCAUUUCCGUACUUUAGCCAGCAAACCAUCCCCUACUACUCCUACCUUCUUGCUGGAGCUCUCCUACUAGUACCUUCUUGCUGGAGCUAGACUUGCCCGAUCAUGGAAGAAACCAUCUUCAGUUCCACGCACACAAGUUUGGUUGCCGAUGCUAGGAUUGCUGUAGUCACCGGCGGGAACAAGGGGAUCGGGCUGGAGGUGUGCCGGCAGCUGGCCGGCAACGGCGCCACCGUCGUUUUGACAGCCAGGGACGAGGCGAAGGGCGCGGCGGCCGUCGAGAAGCUCCACGGGCUGGGGCUCUCCAGUGUCAUCUUCCACCAGCUGGAUGUCACGGACGCUUCCAGCAUCGCCAGAUUAGCCGAAUUCUUGGAGUCCCGCUUUGGGAGGCUGGACAUCCUGGUGAAUAAUGCCGCCGUUGGUGGGAUUGUGCCCGUUGACGAUCCAUCUUUUGGUCUGCUGCCCACUGAAGAAAAGUUCAGCGGCAUGGAUGGGCAUCAGAGAAUUGAAUGGAUGUGGAAGAACUGCCGACAGACGUACGACGCUGCAAAGGCCGGCCUGAAGACGAACUACUAUGGCACGAAGAAUGUCACUGAAGCACUCCUCCCUCUCCUGCAAUCCUCCUCCGAUGGAAGAAUCGUUAACGUCGCAUCAAGCUUCGGGCUGCUAAGAUUCUUCACAAACGAGGAGCUGAAGCGAGAGCUGAACGACGCCGACAGCCUCAGCGAGGAGAGGCUGGACGAGCUGCUGGGCAUGUUCGUGAGAGACUUCGAGGCCGGCGCAGUGGCGGAGCGCGGGUGGCCGACGGAGUUCUCGGCGUACAAGGUGGCCAAGGCGGCGAUGAGCGCGUACGCGAGGAUCCUGGCCAGGAAGCGCCCCGCGCUGCGCGUGAACUGCGUGGACCCAGGGUACGUGAAGACCGACCUGACCAGGAACUCGGGCCUCCUGACGCCCGAGGAAGGCGCGAGCAGGGUGGUGGCGGUGGCGCUGCUGCCGGCCGGCGGGCCGACGGGCGCGCUGUUCGACGGCGGCAAGGAGGCGUCCUUCGUGUGAGUGUGUGUGACGUGUACACGGUUCCGCUGCCGGUGGGCCCACCACGUCUGUAUGCUCUCUGGACUCUGGAACCGUGUUUCCUGGUGGGCUGUGCGAUGAACACUUUUUUUUUUUGAUCAAAGGGCAAACGCCCUCCAUUUCCAUUAGGAUGAACACAUGUGAUCGCUAAUUUGCUGUUUUUAUUAUCACUUGUAUGGAGUACCUAUUAUUUUCCUGUAGGAUCAUCGAUCAAUUUUAUAGUUAUUUUUUUAAGGGAAAACACUUGAAUAUA